UCAGUUUAUACCUGAGUCAGGGGCACUGAGUGACACACGUGUGUCUGAGAGAGAGAUACAGCAAGAGGAAUUUAAUAUUUUUCAUUUCUUUGAUCGGAGAUUUCAAACACUCCAGGACUGGACAGCUAGAAAUGAAGAAAGCUUUUACCUUUUCUGUCUGGAUUUGGUUUGUGGUCGUGUGUAAAUCAGGUUUGGUGCAGGGAUUCUCGAUGACAGCGCCCACACUCAAUAUCUCGGGAACAGAAUACUCGCUCGACGUUAGCAACACCCUUACCAUCACCUGCAGAGGUCAGAGGCCUCUGGGGUGGAGCUGGCCUGGGAAACCUGCAGUCGAAGACAACACAAAAUCUGCAUCCUACUGGUCGGAGGAGCUUGGGGGACGGAUAGUGAGCAUAAGGGAGUGCGAUGGAUCAGAGAGAGAUCAAUACUGCAAGACAUUCAUGCUAAUGGGUGCCAGAGCUAAUGAUACAGGCUAUUAUCGCUGCUUCUAUCACUUCAUUGAACCAAUCGUUGAUGGAACAACGGCGACCAGUAUAUAUGUGUUUGUGAAAGAUUUCCAGAAUCCAUUUGUCAACACAUCGCCCAAUGGUACCCAAAUCUCACCCGUGCUGAUCGUAAACAGCCCGAGAGUUACUGUGCCGUGCCCCGUGUCCAUUCCGUUUCUCAACGUCACGCUGCGAUUGGGUCUUACAUCAAAGACACUUUACCCAGAUGGAAAAGAUGUGAUUUGGAAUAAUAAAGAGGGAAUGAUUGUCUCACGACACAAAAUUGAAGACUUACUGUAUGUUUCCUGUGAAACUGUCAUCAAUGGCAUACUAUACAAAACAUCACCCUACUUCAUCCAAGUCACAGGACAAGUGAUUUACAAGUUUACACUGAAACCUAAUCGCACUGAACUGGUGGCAGGGAAGAGGCUGGUACUGAACUGCACUGUCGAGGCAGAAUUCAACGUGGUUGUAGACUUUCAGUGGGAGUACCCAGGAAAAAGACGGAUGGCUGAUCGAGCAGUGAUUUCAUCGCAAAAACGUGAGCUGAACGAAGGGUUAGAACUGAGCAGUACUCUCGUCAUAAAUAACAUAACAACAGCGGAGCAGGGCACUUACAUCUGCAGGGCCAAUAAUGGCUUCGACAUUAAGGAGAGAACAGCAGAGGUCAUUGUGCAUGAAAAGCCUUUCAUCCAUGUGGAUUACGAUAAGAGCCCCAUCAUUGAAGCAACGGUGGGACAGAAGAAUGUGUAUCUCCCUUUGAGGUACCGAGCCUACCCUCAACCUGAUUUCAAAGUGUACAAAAAUGGAAAAUUUAUCAGCAAAAGUCCAUCCUUUAACAAGGUGAAGUUUUCACGAAUGGGUUUGAUGAUUGGGGAUGUGACCGAGCAGGAAGCAGGGAACUACACCGUGGUGCUACGAAACAGCAAAGCUAAACUAGAGGAGCGUCUCCACUUGCAGCUUGUGGUCAAUGUCCCACCUCAGAUUCAUGAGAAGGAAGUGGCCUCCCCGACCAACAUCUACCCACGUGGAAGUCGCCAGACACUGACCUGCACCGCCUAUGGGAUCCCUGCUCCUGUGAAAAUACAAUGGUCCUGGAGGCCAUGGGGGCCUUGUGGUUUAAAAUCCUACCGCAGCCUGGGUCGAGCAACCAUGAUGCGUCGACCGCGGGACAGGACCCCCGAGUGCCGAAACUGGAGGGACAUCUCAACAGGAAGCGCCAUCAACAGGAUUGAGAGCAUUGAAACCAGCACAGAGAUUCUGGAGGGAAGGAACAAGACGGUUAGCAAGCUGGUGAUUUUAGCUGCAAAUAUCUCCGUCAUGUACAACUGUUCUGCUUUCAACAAAGUUGGACGUGAUGACCGGGUCAUCUACUUCUAUGUGACAAGUAUCCCAGAAGGCUUUGGAAUUGAUCUUCAGCCUUCGGAGAUCCCAGUGGAAGGUGAGGAUGUGAAGCUACGUUGCAAUGCAGAUAACUACACGUAUGAGAACCUACGGUGGUACCGCCUCCUUCCCAGUGCCCUGGAGGGGGAGCUCGGAGACCCCCCGGUCCUGGAGUGUAAAAGCAUGCACCUCUUUGCCAAGGAGAUGAAAGGAGUGAUGAUGCUGGACUCGCUGAUGAAAGGUGUGGCCCUUGAGCUUCAGAUUCCCAGCAUAACUUUACGCGAUGAGGGGGAUUACGUGUGCGAGGUGCAGAACAAGAAGACUGGAGAGAAACAUUGCCACAGGAAAUACAUCUUAGUGCGAGCUCAGGAGAUGCCAAGUCUCCUCGUCAACCUGACUGAUACUUCAGUCAACAUCAGUGACUCCAUCCACAUGAGCUGCAAAGCGAGCGGCACUCCCCACCCCACCGUCAUCUGGUUCAAAGAUGAAAAGCCACUCCAUGAAGUCUCAGGGGUCAUCCUCAGUGAGCAGAACCAAAUGCUGACCAUCCAGCGAGCACAAGAAGAGGAUGCUGGGCUGUACAAGUGCUUUGCCUGUAACUCCAAGGGCUGUGUCAAUUCAUCUGCUAUCAUCUCUGUCGAAGGAGGUGAUGAUAAAUCAAAUAUCGAAGUUGUGAUCCUGGUUGGAACUGGAGUUAUUGCAGUCUUCUUCUGGGUACUUCUCAUCCUUAUCUUUUGUAAUGUCAAGCGGGUAAGAUUCUUGGGGACUAGUCCAGCUGAUAUCAAAACCGGAUACUUGUCGAUAAUCAUGGAUCCAGAUGAGAUCCCAUUGGAUGAGCAGUGCGAGUACCUGCCCUAUGAUUCCAGCAAGUGGGAGUUCCCCCGGGAUAGGCUACGGCUUGGCAAAACUCUGGGUCAUGGGGCAUUUGGAAAAGUUGUGGAAGCCUCCGCUUUCGGCAUUGACAAAAGCAGCAGCUGUAAGACCGUAGCUGUGAAAAUGUUGAAAGAUGGAGCCACAGCAAAUGAGCACAAGGCAUUGAUGUCAGAACUGAAGAUUCUCAUUCACAUUGGAAACCACCUCAACGUUGUCAAUCUCCUGGGAGCCUGCACCAAAGCAAAUGGUCCUUUGAUGGUGAUUGUCGAAUACUGCAAAUAUGGAAACCUUUCGAAUUAUUUGAGGAGCAAACGUGAAGAUUUUAUCCCGUAUAGGGACCGUGCUCCAAAAAUGAGGAAUCAGGUGAUCUCAAUGGUGGAAGUAGUGAAAGGACUGGACAACAGGAGUCAGGCAUGUCCCAGUGAGAAUGCAAUCUGUAAACGAACAGCUGUGGAGAAAAUCCUUUGUCAUCCUGAGGAGCUGGUGGAAGUUGACGACCUCUGGCAAUGCCCUCUGACCUUAGUGGACCUUAUCUGCUACAGCUUCCAAGUUGCUCGUGGGAUGGAGUUCCUGGCAUCUAGAAAGUGUAUUCACAGAGACUUGGCAGCUCGCAACAUUCUCCUGUCUGAAAACAACGUGGUGAAGAUCUGCGAUUUCGGCCUGGCCAGAGACAUCUACAAGGAUCCCGAUUACGUGCGAAAAGGGAAUGCUAGACUCCCGCUCAAGUGGAUGGCUCCUGAGAGUAUUUUCGAUAAAGUCUACACCACUCAGAGUGAUGUGUGGUCAUUUGGGGUCCUCCUAUGGGAGAUCUUUUCUCUGGGUGUCUCUCCCUAUCCCGGAGUCCAGAUUAAUGAGGAAUUCUGCCAGAGACUGCGGGAAGGCACCAGGAUGCGAGCUCCAGAAUAUGCUACAGCAGAAAUCUAUCGUAUAAUGUUGAGCAGCUGGCAAGGGGAACCGAAAGACAGGCCAACUUUCUCUGAUCUUGUGGAGCUCCUUGGAGAUCUGUUGCAAGCCAGUGUCCAACAGGAUGGGAAAGACUACAUUCCUCUCAGUAUGUUGCAGUGUACGGAAGACGACUUGUGUUUUUCCCAGCCGCGUUCAUCCAUGUCUCACGGAGAUGAUAAAGGGUCUAAAGCAAGAUUACGAUGUGACAGUAUAGGACCAAGAUACUAUAACUGUGUCUCUUUUUCUGGACAUAUAUCGGGAGAGAGUCAGAUUAAAUGCCCAUCAAGAGUGAAAACAUUUGAAGAUGUCCCAGUGGAAGAGACAAUGCAGACCAUGCAAAAUGACAACCAGACAGACAGUGGGAUGGUCCUGGCAUCUGAAGAGCUUGAGAAGAUAGAGAUCAAGCAUAAAAAGCAAAUGGUGUUCAGAAAACCUUCAAGUCAACACACAGACUUGGCCUCAGAGUUUUGCAGACGGCCAGAUAGGUGUAGAUGCAGAUCAGCCUUGCAUCCUGAGGCCUCAGGGCAGACCAUUCACAGCAAUGACUAUGGACACCUCUUGCAUGGUGCUCAGGAGCACAAGGGAUGGAGUACACAGCGUAUGGAUCCCACCGCUUCAGAAAACACCUCCAGCUUCUAGUGCCCAACUCCCAUGUGAAGAAUUUCCACAAGACUUUUAGUACCAGCCCGAAGCAUAAUUUUAGACUUUGCUCAAAGAAUGUCUUGCUCACUCUAAGCAGGUCUUCAACUGUAAGUGACAUGAAGUAACUAAAUAUCAAACAAAUCAAGGAGGUGGAAUUUCAGCUGUUUUCCCAGUUGCAAAGAUUCAGUUGUUGUACAAACUGCCCAGUUUUCAACUGCUAUGAUUUAACUGCAAAUGGAGACUUGGCUGUUUCUAUAACUAACUGCCUGGGAAUAAGUUUGAAACCUACCCCAGCUGUGUUGGAGGACCUUAGUUUUCCCAUAAAGAAACUAUAUAUAACCGGAUUUAUAAUUAUGACAUUAUUCAAAGAAUCCUUUUAAAAGUCUGUUGUUUCCUUUUUUACAUUUUUUUCUCUAGUUUUAUCGUCAAUUCACUUGGAAUCUGUGUAUUUUGACACUACGAUAUAACAAAAAAAUAGAAUUUAAUAGUAAAGUUGCUUGUACACAGGUUCCUCAUACACUGAGGGUAGGGCAGGGACACCCAAUUCUCAGUGUUGACCAUUUAUUGUGAGAUUGUUAAUGUUUAUAUAAAGAAUGUCUGUAUGAUUUUGUAUCAAGUGGUGAGCAACCGAAAUCUUCUCUCCUUGAGAAUAAUCAAGUGAUUUCCUUUCUGAAGUGUUAAGAUAUUGAGAUGUUCAGUGUUUGUAUCCAAGACAGUCUCACUCAUUCGCUACCACACUCCCUUUCAUCUGAUUGUCACAUUCCCCCAAGUCUGUAGCUGUGCUUCCAUUCACUGGACUGUCUGACCCUGUCUGCUAAACUACAGAAAAGAUACCAAGACUCAUACACAGAGGAAAAUAAGUAAUUUACAUAUCUGCAGUGCUUUUCACAACUUCACAGCAUUCAUUGGCUAGCAAAGUAGCUAGGGAGUACUUUUAAAAUGUAGUUACUAUGGCUGUUGCACUGCCGAAGCUAUGGCAGAGGAGUGAAUGACCAGAUGAUUCUUUUUAAUAUCUGUUGAUGGGUAACUCUUAGCCAGCAUGUUGUACGUGGGGGAAUCUCCCCUUUUCUUCUUCAAAAUCCAUACUGUGCUCCAGUCUAACCAUGCACCAGGUCUGUGCACCGGUCCAACUACAACUACUGACUGCUCAUAGAUCUAGCUUCAACCUCUGACUGCCCUCCAGUCUAGCUGCAACCCUAGGCUGCAGUCCUGUCAAUCUACAACCCCACACUGCCCUCCUGUCCAGCUGUGACCCCCACACUGCCCUCCUGUCCAGCUGUGACCCCCACACUGCCUUCCUGUCCAGCUGUGACCCCACACUGCCCUCCUGUCCAGCUGUGACCCCACACUGCCCUCCUGUCCAGCUGUGACCCCCACACUGCCCUCCUGUCCACCUGUGGUCCCACACUGCCUUCCUGUCCAGCUGUGACCCCCACACUGCCCUCCUGUCCAGCUGUGACCUCCACACUGCCCUCCUGUCCAGCUGUGAUCCAACACUGCCCUCCUGUCCAGCUGUGACCUUCACACUGCCCUCCUGUCCAGCUGUGACCCCCACACUGCCCUCCUAGCUAGCCAUGACUUCACGCUGCAUUUCCAUCCAUCCAUGACUCCAGACUGUGUUCCCAUCAAUCUGGGACUCAGACAGAACUCCUAUCCAGCCCCAAUCUAGACGACAUUAUAUGUGUUUAGAUUAGAAUGGUGCUGGAAAAGCACAGCAGUUCAGGCAGCAUCUGAGGAGCAGUAAAAUCGACGUUUUAGGCAAAAGCCCUUCAUCAGGAAUACAGCAGGGCUUUUGCCCGAAACGUCAAUUUUUCUGCUCCUCGGAUGCUGCCUGAACUGCUGUGCUUUUCCAGCACCACUCUAAUCUAGACUCUGGUUUCCAGCAUCUGCAGUCAUUGGUUUUACCGUAGACUACACUACAUUCCUGUAUUGUUCAUGUUUCCACCAACUGCAAAACCAUGGAAAACUACCUAUUGCUUUAUAAAUCCCAAACGUCAGAUUUCUGAUGCAAAGGGAAUAUUAGGGAUUUCAACUGUCUUGGUGUCUUUUUUUUGUGAUUCAUUUUAUUCAUCUUAGUAUCUUGUUUCAUUCCUGUAAUGUACUCAACUCAGGUAAAGCAUCCCACCCUUUCUAUUCAUAACCUUUAUUCAUACACCCAUGAAAAUAUUAUGCAAACUACAUUAUACACAGAUUAAUCAAUGUGAAUAUUACUGGGAGGAGAGAAGAGGGAUGAGAAGAGAGAAGAGGAGAGCGACGGUUCUGUGCAUUUCAUUUCAACAGGUUUUUGACUCAUGUUUUUGGAAAAUGAGGAAUUUUAUUGAUUUAAGUGACUGAGAUUGUGGUUUAUAAAUGCUUCCGUCUUCUUGUUGAAACUGAUACUUUGAUUGCUAACUCUGGGCAGUUUGCCUGGCCUUUAGAGAAAUGUGAUACUCUGAAAUAUCAUUAAUUAUUAUAUAUAAUGACUUGUAUUUACAUUAAGCUUUUAACAUAGCAAAAUGUACCAAGGUUCUGAACUGGAGCUCAUCAAACAGAAGCUUGACACCAAGCUACAUGAGGAAUAAAAGGGAAGGUGACUGAACGUUUGCUGAAAGAGGUAUGUUUUUAAGGAAAAUCUCCAGGGAGGGAACUGGGAGAAUUUCAAGGUUAAGGCCAGAAGGACUGUAGGAGGUUACAGAGCUAGGGGGAGCAAAGCCAUGUAGGGAUUUGAACACAGUGAUGAAGAGUUUAAAAUUGAGAUGUUGCUGGACUGCUUGUACUGCUAUAUAUCUAUUAUAGAGAGGACUAAUGAUCUACUUUUCAUUCUCCUAACAUUGUCACCUGGGUUAAUGAUCCAUAUUUUUACAGGUAUCGCCAUCCUUACCCCUUCAAGUACCUAUCCACCUUGUGAGUUUGUGACAGUGAACAAUGACAGGCUAUUUGAUUCCAGAGACAUCUACAUUGCUAAAGCUUAUUUUGUCCCUCAAUCAACACCCACAGAUUAAUACAUAAACACAGUAAUGCACACACAUGUACACUCUGUGAUACCCAGUUUGGGUUCUGCCAGGGCCAUUCAGUUCCUGAACUUGGUUCAAAUAUGGCCAAAAAAGCUGAAUUCAAGAGGUGAGGUGAGAGUGACAGCCCUUGACAUCAUGAAAGAGCCCUAGCAAAACUGGAAUCAAUGGGUAUCAGGGGACAAGCUCUCUGUUGGUUGGAGUCAUACCAGGCAUGUAGGAAGAUGGUUGUGGUUGUUGAAGGUCAGUCAUUUCAGAUCCAGGCCAUCUCUGCAGGUAUUCCUCACAUUAGUGUCCUAGUCCCAACCAUCUUCAGCUGCUUUAUCAAUGACCUUCUCUCCAUCAUCAGGUUAGAAGUGGGGAGAUGUUCAUCAAUGAUUGCACAAUGUUCAGCACCACUCAUGGCUCCUCAGACACUGAAACAGUCCAAAUUCAAAUGCAACACGACCGAAACAAUAUCCAGACACGGGCUGACAAGUGCCAAGUAACACUUGUUACUUCAAUGUCACUGGGUCAAAAUUCUGGAAGCCCCUCCCCAGUGGCAUUGAUGGGUCAACCUACACAAUAUGAAAUGCAACGGUUCCACAAGGCAGUUCACUGUCACCUUCUCAAUGGCAAUUAGGGACAGGUUUAAAUGUUGGCCAGCCAGUGAUGCCCAUGUUGAAUGAGUGCAUAAAAGAAAACAUCAAUGCACCCACAUGCAUAGACUAACACACAUUCUUGUAUACACAUUCAAAAUGCAAAAAUACAAAUGCACACACAUGCAUUGACUAACAUAUGUACAUAUUAGUACACAUACUUCCAUUGGACAACCCAUACAAGCACAGGUAAAAAGACAUUUGACAAGUGUAGUUGUGAAUUAAUUGGACUGACAACUAUCAUCGUGCCUAUUCUCUAACUCAGAUCAGUUAUCAAAAAAAAGGCCAAGAAACGAAGAAAAAAUCUUGAGGUCUACCUUGAUGUUAAACAACAGUGGAAAUGGAUGGUAGUAAGAUGUUGUGAUUUUUAUUCCUGAAGAAGUGACACAAUUGUUUUGACCUCAUAGACCAGUGGAAAUGGUUUGAAUAGUUGCAUUCAAGAACAAUAUGCUUAAAUACUUGAAGAAGGAAAAAUUGCAGUGCCAUGAAUAAAGGGCAUGAGAGAUUCGAUUUAUUAGAUAUUUCCUUUAGAGAGCUGGCAUAUUCAGGGUGGCCUGAAUGGCCACCUAUGCUGUUUACUCAAAUGAUUGACUGUAGGCCAUAUGGGGAAAGUAGGGGUAAGUGAAGUUAAGGCUUUAGUCAAGUUAGUCAGAGGAUUCUGAAACCUCAGUGAUUUUGAUUUUAUACUUGCUGUAACAAACAAAAACAAUGGUUAUGGAGCUGGUGGAACUGAAAGACAAUCAUAGACAGCUUUAGGUUUAACUGAUUGACCACCUAUUAUUAAACACAAAAUAACUUAUAAAUGCAGAAAAAAAAGGAAAUUUAGCCUGGCCUUUUUGGAUUUGAUCAACCUUAGCUCCUGACAAAUCCCUCAACCUUUCCAAUUCCUCAAUACUACCUUCUCGCCAAAUUGGUAAACCAGGCCUUGCUAUAUCAUAUGCUUCAAACCAUAGUUGUAUUUUGACCAUGAUCAGUUGCUAGUUCCCUCUAGCCUUCAAUUUGAUCCACCUGAGUCCAUUCACAAAACAAUUUCAUAACAAAGUCCACACUUUGCCCCUUAAGUAUUUUUAUGAAUGGAUUUUCAGUUGUUACCAGGUCAGCUACUUUGAAUUUGAUCACUGAAUUGCUGCUGAUUUAAUUAAUGAUAUCCUGCUCAUUGUUAUCACAUAUCUCUAUUUAUUAACUGGAAAUGCUACUGUGGAACAACUUGCGAUAAUGUUUAACGAUGGGAUCAGAUUGAAAAGGUCUGUACAUUUUCAUUCACUGGCAAAACUGCAGGGCAACUCGCUAUUUUUCUCUCUUCUUUCAUCAAUACAGCAAUGAGGUUGCUCCCAUUAAGUUUCUGCUCUAUUUCUCCUGAAUUCAAAAAGCUCCAACAUGCAUUACUCCUCUUCCAGGGAUUAUUAACCUGCUGAUAUCAACAUUCGUGUCCUUAAUCUGAUUAGUUUUCAGGUACUCGGUUGGUGCAAUCUCCACCUCACUCCAAACUCUGGAACCUCUUCCCCUCCCUCAAUCUCCACUGGUAACUGUGAAACUUCUUAUGUCUCUAAGCUUUCCUUCAAAUGAUACACUUUGGGAAUCUGAAACCUAUGUCCAUGUGACACCAACAUAUUGCUCAGAUUCAGAACUGCACCUUCACUACGGACCAUUUCAAUCAAACAGGGGCAUUUAAACCUGAAGUGCUGACAUGGCUUUGUGAAUGUUGCCUGCAGUUUUCCCAUCUUUCAGUGUUAUUUGGUAACUGUUAUAUUUUUAUUGUGUCUCUCUUAGAUAUUUUGAAUGGAUUUCUGUCACAAUUGCUAAAGCCACAGCUAUUGUUUACAGUUAUAUUAAUAAUAAAGGGGGGAUAAGUCAGCACAGAUCAUUGUGCAUGAGGAGAUGAUAUCCCAUUUAUAGGAGGAAUUGUUAAGAAUUAAAAUGUUACACUGAGAUUUCAUCUACAUUUAACUAUUUACAGCAUAAUAAACAAUUUGUGUGUGUGUGUGAUGUGUAUUGUACAUAGCAUAUUGUGUGAAACUGAAUAUGAAAUAUUUCCAAGACAUGUAUAACA